AUGGUUCACCUGUUGAUGCUGGGAAGUCCUGUGGCGGCGCAAAACGGCUAUGUGUACCAGCCUGGGCUCUGGCUGCGGGCAUGGCAGGACGGCAGCCCAGUCGACGACUUCCCAUCCAAUUAUGCCAUGCUCCCCGCUGCCGCCCUGGUCGUCAACAAGCUGGCCGGCACCGUCAAGUGCUCCAAGCUGUCAGACUGCAUGUCGCAAGGCGGGAUAAAUUACACGACAAACCUGGUGGCACAGUUCACCGGCGAGCUGCUGGUCAGCACCGAGGGCUAUUACACCUUCUUCAUGACAGCCGACGACAACAGCAAGCUGUGGCUGGAUGGCACGCCCACCCUGGAUGCCGACUCGUGUGAGAACGGCUGGCUUGGGGGCGCGGCGGCCUGCGUGGGCGUCCUCAAGAAGAUCACCAUCUGGCUGAUCAAGGGCUGGCACCCCUUCCGGGUGGACUAUUACCAGUCCACCGGAACCGGCAGCUUGGUGCUGCAAUACUCCGCCAGCGGCAUCACCAAGCAGGCCAUACCCACCGCCAACCUGCGUGUGCUGGCGCCCCCAUUCAACAACACCAGUCCGCCGCCGCCGCCCUCACCGCCUGCCGUCAACUGCCCUGUGACGGGCUCAGUGACGCUGGCGCUGACAGGGGCCACCGACACGACCGCGGCCUACGCCACCUGCUUUGCGCGCUUCACGCUGACGGUAGAUGCGGGCUGUGUGGUGGCAGUCAGCUUCCCGCUGGCCGCCGCCAGCUGGUCCUAUACCACGCUCUGGAGCCCCGUGGCGAUGCAGGACCCUUACGUCGAGCCCUGUCCACGUGACCCGCUGCCAGGCAGCAUGCUGACCAGCUUUACCGCGGCAGCGGUGGGCACGGCGCUACAGCAGAUACUAGACACUGCGCUGUUUGGAAAGAACUUCAGCGGGGUCACGGGUGUGACGAUAGGCGCCGACAAUGUGCGCAUCGCCACAGCAGCGCCCAGCAACACGCUGGCAUACAACAUCAUAUCGGGCUCCCUUGGCACCGUCCUCGUCCAGGGCACCUCGGCCUGCCAGGCUGGCGCCUGCGCCUACAACAGCGGCUGUGCCGCCGGACGCUACACGGCAGGAACGGGGGCCACCCGCGUGUGCGCACUGUGCCCGCCGGGCUCCUCCUGCGCUGGCGGCACCGCCGCAAGCGUUACGUGCGCCACUGGAAAGUCCGCCAAGACGGGAUCCACUACCUGCUCCAACUGCCCUGCCGGCACCUUUGCGUCCAGCACAGGGCAGAGCCACUGCACCCCCUGCGACGCGGGAGACUACCAGCCUCUCGCCGGCAAGACCACCUGCCUCAACUGCCCCCCCGACUCCUACGCCCACUUCCCCGGCUCCGCCGCCUGCAUCUCCUGCUUCUUUGGGCAGCCCGUGGUGGUGGCGGGCCCCGGCGGCCUGACGGAGCUGAAGCUGGAGCAGCCGUCUGCAGGCGUGGUGGUGGCCUCCACCUCCGCCACAGCCACGCUGUCCUCCCCGUCCUGCGCCUUCAACCCUUUCACCGCCGCCUGCAACUCCACCCUGAGCCGCACCAUCGCCAUUGAAACCGACCAGACGUGCGGCGUGUGGCUGUAUGUGCUGGCAGACACCGGCUGCUCCAGCGCCGACAACCUGACCCACUUUGAUGGGUAUUAUGCCUCGGCCAGCGUCAUCUACGCCACAGCUGACCAGGGAGGGCUGCCGGUGGGCAUGCGCCUCAACCGCGCCUCUGCCACCGCCAUGGAGCUGGCUGUGUUCCAGUAUGCCACAGAGCUGGGCACAGAGAUGCCCACGCUGGCCUCCUGCACAGACAUGCUGACGCUGCCAGGCACGGGCGCCACCUGCCCGCCGGGCACCUCGCCUGAAAGCAACCCGCAGGCGCAGGAGGGCAUCUCGGUGUAUCGCAGGUCGCAGUGCGCCGUGUGCAUGCCGGGCUACGAGUGCAGCAACAACACGGUGCGCAGCUGCGGCAUGGGAUACUUCAACAGCCUGCAGGGCGCCUCCGCGUGCCAGACCUGCCCAGACCUGCCCCCGAGCCCCUCUGAGAGCCCUUGUGAGGAUGACCUCUGCUACUCUGUGACCCCUCCCGAUGUCGUCCGCACCUACUGCACAGCGUGCCCAGCGGGCACCUACCAGCCUGUGGCCGGCUCCCCCGUGUGCCUCAAGUGCCCUGCCGGCACGUACCGCGCGUAUGGCACGCUGAGCACGCUUUGCGUGGACUGCCCGCCUGGCACCUACUCGGCAGACGGCGCCGGCGCCUGCACGCUGUGCAAGCUGGGCACCGCCGCGACCGUCUGGCGCACGCCGCGCGAUCCCACAUCCGGAGGCUGCCCCGCCUGCAACCCGGGCCACUAUGCCGACGAGCGCGGCCUGCAGCAGUGCAAGUCCUGCCCCGCCAACUCCUUCUCUAACACCACCGGCGCCUGGAACUGCAUCCAGUGCGGCCCGGGGGAGGUCACCCUUUCCACCUAUGUCUACUCCGCACCCACCUACUGCAUCAAGUGCCCCAUCGGCACAUAUGCCACCGCAGAAGACUACCGCUGCUCCAGCUGCCCGGCGGGCUUUGAGACGGGCAUGAAGAGCCCUGGAGGGUACCAGUGCCUGCCCUGCCAGGCCGGCUACUUCAACCCAAUCCCCAACGCGGGGCUGUGCACCCCUUGCCCUCCCCGGACUUUCGCCACCAACACAGGCGCGCGGUCGUGCCGCGUCUGCAACGGCGGCUUUGUCACCGGCCUUACCGCCACGGCCACCGGGCAGACUGGGUUUGCGGCCACGGGCGCCACCCAGUGCGAUGCCUGCCCGCUGCGCUGGUACCGGCCGUCCACCUGGACGAACAACACCUGCACCAAGUGCGGCAGCGGGCGGGAGACCUUGCAGGCAGGCGGCUCCACAGUCUGCCUGGGCUGCAUGCCCGGCUGGACGCAUCUCAACCCAAACGACACAGGCUGCACCAUGUGCCCCCCAGGCACCUAUGCGGACAUCCCCACCUGGUCUGGCAAGUGCCGGGCCUGCCCCAUCGGCACGUAUGGCCCCGACGAAGGCAUCCCCAACUGCUAUGUGUGCGAGCCCGGCAGCUAUCAGCCCUCCACGGGCAAGACGGCGUGCAUCGCGUGCCCGCGGGGCACUUACAAUGAGGAGUCGAUGAGCAGCAGCCCAGAGGCGUGCCUCAAGUGCCGGCCCGGCACAUACGCCAACUUCACCGGCGCCGACGUGUGCAACGACUGCGAUGGGGGCUACUAUCAAGACCAAGAGGGGCAGACCUCCUGCAAGGCGUGCCCGCCCGGCUCCCACUGCCCCGAGGGCGCCAGCGCGCCCACAGCAUGCCCGGUGGGCUACUUCUCUUCGGGGCUGCAGCCCUACUGCACCCUCUGCGAGACGGGCUGGACCAGCGACGGAAACGCCACCGCAUGCUACCCCUGCCCGCCAGACAUACACGACGGGCGCUGGCCAGAAGAGUCCUUCUGUUGGUCCAAAGCCUCGAGGCUGCCUUGA